AUGGGAACAGGCGAUGGCGUUACGGGAGCUUACUCCGGCCAUUUGGGUACCCAGAUCGCGAUCGGAGUCUUUCUCGCGAUCGGUUGGUACAAUGCUAUCGAACUAUGCGCUCUGGUCUUUAUAGCCUUUAACACAUAUCGAGGCCUGUACUUUUGGAGUUUGCUUCUUACGGCUCUCGUCGGAGUUGUGCCCUAUUGCAUCGGGUUUCUGCUAAAAUUCUUUGAGUUGAUGGAAUCGAUCUGGCUGGCAGUUGUUCUGCUAUCGUGUGGCUGGUGGGUUAUGAUAACGGGCCAGUCGUUCGUUCUCUAUUCCAGACUGCAUCUGGUCUUGCGAGAUGAGAAAGUUCUUCGCCGUGUCCUGUGCAUGAUCAUCGUCAACGUCUUCAUCCUCCAUGUCCCUACUACCAUCCUCACUUUUGGUUCUAAUUCCAACUCAAAGGAUUUGUUUGUUCCUGCCUACAAUAUCAUGGAGAAGAUACAGAUGACAGGGUUCUGCAUUCAAGAAUUUAUCAUAUCCACUCUCUACAUAUGGGAAACAGUGGAUAUGUUGAAGCUUUCUCCCGAUAAUGGAAACAGAAAGAUCAUGUAUCAACUGCUAGGCAUCAACCUGAUCUUUAUUUUGAUGGACAUUGGGCUUCUUGCAGUGGCAUAUGCGAACUUAUACGUCUAUGAAACAACACUCAAAGCAAUGAUAUACAGCGUCAAGCUGAAACUAGAAUUUGCGGUUCUUGGAAAGCUAGUGCACUUGGUCAAUUCCCAUUCAUGGAGCCCAGAAUUCUCCACAGGACCAAAUGGAUAUCCAGAUUUUGUUGACCCCAACCGCAUCACUUCCGAUGUCUCUCAUGCCCCGAGAAUCACUGCCCCUACUCCUAAGCCACCAUGGUUGCAAUCAGAAGACGUUACGGACGCAACUAUGAUCGUGGCAGAUCUCCCCGACAGACGCCCAAGCACCUACACUGCAGAGCAUUCUGAAACGGAUGCCUCGUUGGCCGGAGUGACACAGACUGCACCAAGUAACCCGAACACCACCUCAACGUCACUCCAUUUCCCACCGCCAUUACCUCGCGAGAAGAAACCCGAAUCAAAUUACCCAGAAUCAAAAUGGCCGGAUUGA